UGUAAGGCUCACAUCAAGACAGUAUUCACAAAAGAAAGACACUAUGAAAAUAUACCACAAAAAUCAGAAGCGUAGACUCAGAAGUAGUAAUAGUUCUCUGUAUUGAAUAUUCCAAACCGGAUACAAACACACCAAAUCUCAGGAGGGAUUCUCCUAACCCGUCUAUGACACCACUCGCUCGAACCAUGAGUCGAUGGAAGAAUGGCUUGCCAUCUUCUAACUCGAACCAGAGGAUCCAUCUCUCAUACCGUUCUCCCCAGCCCCGUUUCUCCUGUAAAAACGGGGCUGGAUUGCGUGGGCCCCGUCCUCCAUACAACGGGGUUGGAUUGCGUGCCCGACUGUCCAGUUUGCUGUCGUUUUUCUCGGCAGGAACUAUCACUUUCUCCCCGCUCGAUGAUACUCAGAUGAGUAGUCGAAAUCCUUGUAUCACCCUGUAUAACGGGGAAGGACUACAGUGCGCAGUCGCGGUUAUAGUCGAAACCACCAUAUUUCUGCUGAGGAGGAAACCAAUGUUGUUAAAUUGUUGGAACUGACGGUGUCUCAAAGAGGCUGCUCUUUGCCAUGUGCAGUGGCCUCACCCGCCUGUUGUUAGAGGUAGAGUCGCUCUCGUUGCUA